GUAAAAUUUCUCAGACGAGUGAAAUCCCCAUUACUAUUGAAUUUAAUAAGAAGGUCUUAGAAAAAGACUCCAUAGAAUAUCAAACAUUACUUAAUAGCAUGAAAAAGAAAAAGGCUAGAAUAGAGAAGUAUCGCUCGAAAAAAUAA